UGGUGACGUCAUGAUAGCCUGGAAAGAAAACAAGCGAGUGGCUGGGCUGGGCUGUGGCCCUUUUCGGUGGCUUCCAUCGCCAAUUCUCACUUUUGACGAAAACACCCAAACCCGUGAACACGUCGACGUAACGGGAUGAGGUAGAAGCCAACACCCGUGUGUGCAGGUGCACUGAAACAUGGCUUGGAGGAGUCUUCACGUCCUGCUGCUGCUUUUCAAGUGGUCCUUUCAAGCAUCAAGCUCAGAUGGGCAGUUAGCGUGCCUGUGCGACAGUCCAAAAUGCCUCCAGGAUCAGUGCCAUGGCACGCGCUGCUUCUCCUCGGUGCGCGUGGGCUCCAGCGGCGUGGUGUUUGAGCGCGGCUGCUUGGAGGGCCCCAAGAAAACCCGCUUGCACUGCUCCACGCAGCCCUCCUCUCACCAGGCCAUUUCCUGCUGCUCCCAUGACAUGUGCAACCUCAACACCACCAGGAGCUCCGUGAUGGCUCUGCUGCCUUCAGCCCCGCAGGAAGAGCCGGUGGGGUACAGCUUCGGGAUGCUGGCUCUCUUGGUGCUGGGUCCCAUUGUGGUUCUGGCUCUGCUGUCCGUGCUGUCUGCGCUGGCCUGCAGGAAGCUCCACCAUGGCCGCCUACAGAGGCUGCAGGAGUUCGACACGGAGCAGGGAGCAGUGGACGGCCUCAUCACCUCCAACGUGGGGGACAGCACUCUAGCGGACAUGCUGGAUCACUCAUGCACAUCAGGAAGUGGUUCAGGUCUUCCAUUCUUGGUCCAGAGGACUGUUGCUAGGCAGAUCAGUCUGGUAGAGUGUGUCGGCAAGGGGCGAUACGGUGAGGUGUGGCGAGGCCAGUGGCAGGGCGAGAACGUUGCCGUCAAAAUCUUCUCCUCCAGGGACGAACGGUCCUGGUUCCGAGAGACGGAAAUCUACAACACUGUGCUCCUGAGACAUGACAACAUCCUGGGCUUCAUGGCGUCCGACAUGACCUCGCGCAACUCCAGCACCCAGCUGUGGCUCAUCACCCACUACCACGAAAACGGCUCCCUGUACGACUACCUGCAGCGGGUGGCCGUGGAGCCGUCGGAGGGCCUGGCCAUGGCGGCGUCCAUCGCCAGCGGCCUGGUGCACCUGCACACGGAGAUCUUCGGCACCGAGGGCAAGCCGGCCAUCGCACACCGGGACCUGAAGAGCAAGAACAUCCUAGUGACCAAAGAGCUGCGCUGCUGCAUCGCCGACCUCGGGUUGGCGGUGACACACUCCCAGGCAGACAACCUGCUGGACGUGGGCAACAACCCCAAAGUGGGCACAAAGCGCUACAUGGCGCCUGAGGUCCUGGAUGAAAGCAUACAGACGGACUGCUUUGACGCCUUCAAGAGAGUGGACAUCUGGGCCUUCGGGCUGGUGCUGUGGGAGAUAGCGAGGCGCACGUACAGCAACGGUAUCGUAGAAGAAUACAAGCCUCCGUUCUACGACCUGGUGCCAAACGACCCCAGCUUUGAGGACAUGAGGAAGGUGGUUUGUGUGGAGCAGCAGAGGCCUUUCAUUCCCAACCGAUGGUUCUCUGACCCGACGCUCUCGGCGCUAGUAAAGCUGAUGAAAGAGUGUUGGUACCAGAACCCGUCGGCCAGGCUGACAGCGCUGCGCAUCAAGAAGACCCUGGAUAAGAUCCACAGCUCCCUGGACAAGGUGAAGGACUCGUGAGAGGAGCGUCCCUUCUCCUGUGGUUGCCUUCCACAGACUUUCUUUGGAUAAGAGAAGGGAGGGACAUGCGUCUGCAUGAAGAGGACCGGGAACACCCGGGAAUGUUUUCAUCUUGCUAGAGACAACCGGGAUAAUGAUAUUACCACACCACAUGUCCAUUGAGCUCCGCACUGGGCUUUAUCGUCAUAAUGCCGACCCUGCAAAAUAGGAAUACAUCAGCUUAUAUAAUAAUCCAAGUCUUGUGCAAAGAUCAAUGAAUACUUGUUUACACUUUUUUUUUUUAAGAUAUGGUGGAGGUUUACUAUGUAAGUGAGCUGGGCCUCUGCAUACUCCUCCCAUCAUGCCUCGCUGCACAAGCCACCUGAAUAAAGACAAACAGAACACUCCGUCUCCUGUAGGAAGCUUUUUAUUUAUGCCUUGGAGUUGCCUAGCUGUGCGCUUACAGGUGAAUUUGCUCACAAGUGCUGUUUUUGUUAGGGGGAAAAACAAAAGUAGCUUCUUUUUCUUUUUUUUAUAUGUAAUAAAAACACUUCCUGCA